AACGGCCAGCUAGCCUGCUGGCUAAAUAAGCUGCAUAUUUACUACACAUUCGUAUUAGAUGUUUAUGACAAUCAAUAUUUAUUUUUAAGCAGAUCUGUUGAUGGUUGCCAGAUGUGGCUAUCUUACUGACUUCAGGAACCUCGCGGCUAACUAUAAUGCCAGUCUUUCAUUCAAUCUUUUCAUUAGCUAACGUUAGCUAGCUAACGUUACACUAGCUAGCUACUGCAACGUUACUGUAAAUGGUCUUAUAUUGGCGUGUGUGGCUAUCUGUUACUAAACGUAACUGUCUCAUAUUCUACGCUUCAUAAUCUACGCUAACUAGUUAUCUUGUGUGUCAGUCUACAUCCAUCCAUUUGGAAUCACGGCUAAUGUUAGCUAGGGAACUAGUCGGUUAGCCUGACAGCUGGCUAGCUAGUUGAACAGGUUGCAAGACCUCCAUCUUCACAUCUGCCUGGCGGACUCAACAAGCAUGGAUUACCAGCACAGAGCGAAUGCAGUUGGGGAUUGUCUUUUGAGUUACACAAAGGACGAGUCUGGGUGGAAAGUCUGCAAGAAAUCGAAUGACGUCAUCGUGUCCUGGCGGCCUUCGACUGAGUUCCCUGGAAAUGUGUAUAAGGGGGAGUCGGUGGUGAAGGGAAGUCCAGAGAAGGUAUGGGAGUGUCUGAAGCCAGUGCCCAACGGACUGCGGGUGAAAUGGGACAACAAUGUCAAGAAGUUUGAGCUCGUAGAGCAAGUCACCGAGAACAUCACUGUCUGCCGAACAGUCACUCCCUCAGCAGCCAUGGGCAUCAUAGCCCCCAGAGACUUUGUCGAUGUUAUUCUAGUGAAGCAGUACGACGACGGCACCAUUACAUCCAAUGCCACCCACGUGAGCCACCCCAGCUGCCCUCCCCAGUCAGGAUACGUGAGGGGCUUCAACCACCCCUGUGGCUGCAUCUGUGUCCCCAUCUCUGGGGAGCCGAACAAAACACAGCUGUUCAGUUUCUUCCAGACGGAUCUGGGGGGCUUCCUGCCUCGCUCCGUAGUCGACUCCUUCUUCCCAUCCAGCAUGGUGGAGUUCUACAGCAACCUGGCCAAGGCCGUCAAGUCCCUCAAGGAUCACUGAUACACUCAUACUAUACCUUCCCUUAGCCCUGGUCCCAGAUCUGUUUGUGCUCCAUAACCAACUCCUGGCAACAUGCGGUACUCAGAUCUAGGACCAGCCUUCAGGGGGACCAAAAAACACAGUGAUUAGCUAUGAAUCGCUUUUUACCUGAAAGGGAUAGAUGGAUCUAAAUGGAUUUUUAAAAAUCCUUAUUGAGAGCAAGGGGCACACCUCCCCACACCUAUGAGCUAAAGCAUAUAUUUCUAGCCUAAAACUAAGGAUUGUUUUUUUUCAUGAGUCAAUAAAUAAUGUUAUAUCAACCAUACAGGCAACACUCAAGCCAAAAAUGUAGAUAAACAAUUAGCAACUAAACUUCUGUACAGCCUCUUUAAAAGAGUGGCCACCUGGCCUUGGCUUGGAGCAACUGUAUCCUAAGAGCAUACUGGUUCAAAGGGAGAUGAUAUUGGAUGACAUGAGGGAAGGAAGGAGUGCAGCUUGAUUGUCCCAGCACUAACACAGCUGAUUUCAGGUCGUUGAGGUCUUGGUUAAUUUGUGUAAUAAUGGUGUGUUAGUGCUGGAGCAAAAGCCUGCACCCCUGGUGCUGUUGCUCUCUAGGACCAGGUCUGGUGGCCACUGUCUUACAAAAAGGUGGGAGGGUCUGUUCUAAUUUCAUUCAUUUAACUCUGGAAAAAGAUUGAAUAUGAAUUUCUCAUAGAGGUUCAUGGGUAGUUUUCUUGAAUUGAAGCGAUUGAAAUGGAAUUGACCUUAGCCCUGAUGUUAAAGGUGCAAUCUGUAUGUUAUUUC